AUGCAGGCCAUCCCUAAGUACUCCCCCCUGGUAUGCAGGCCAUCCCUAAUGGGAGGAGAGAGCAGCAGUCCAGACUCCCCAGUGUCUCCCAGUGGGUCUGAGCUGAGACUGGUGCUGCUGGGGAGGACUGGUGCUGGGAGGAGGGCAGCAGGAAACACCAUCCUGGGAAGGGAGGAGUUUGGGGCCCAGGCCCGUCCCUCUGCAGUGACCCAGAGGAGUGUGAGGAGACAGGGGGAGGUGUGUGGGAGACACCUGGUGCUGGUGGACACUCCAGACUGGUUCUGUCCUGGACUCUCUCUGGAGGAGAUCAGACAGGAUGUGGGUCUCUGUGUCCGUCUGUCUGCCCCGGGACCCCACGCCUUCCUCCUGGUCAUACCAGUGGAGCCCUCCAAGGGGGAGGAGACAGGGGUGCUGGAGAGAAUGGAGGAGAUGUUUGGGGAGGGGUGUUGGAGACACACUGUGAUUCUAUUCACCAAUGAUGACAGCCUAAAAGAGCAGAGCAUUGAGGAGUUUCUCCAAGCAGGGAGUCAGGACCUCCAGCAGCUUGUAGAGAAGUGUGGGAGCAGAUACCAUGUCCUCAACAUUAAGGACAGGAGCCAUGACACUCCGGUCCCAGAGCUACUGGAGAAGAUAGAGAAGAUGGUGUCAGGAAACAGAGAGAGCUUCUACUGCAGUCAGACCUACCAGGAGACAGAGGCCCAGAUCGAGGGAGGGAUCCAGGAACAUGAGGGAGAUAUCAGAACACUGAAUCAUAAAACCACUGAAUUAGAGAGACAAGUGAAAGAAGAGAAGGAUGAAGAGAAGAAGAGAGAGAUGGAGAGAGAGAUAAAGAAUGAAUCUGAUAGGAGGAAAGAGAUGGAGAGAAAGUUGGAGAGAUUAAAAGAGAAGAGAGAAAAUGAGAAGAAAGAGAUGGAUGAGAAACACAAGCAGGAGAUUGAGGAGAUCAAGGAGAAAUAUGAAGAAGAGGCCAGAGUUGAAGCAGAGAGAAACCUGAUGAAGAUAGUCCUACCUGAGUUACAGAGGAACAUCAUGAACUCACAGACAAAGAUGAAGACAGAGUUCAGCAGCCCUUAG